AUGGUGCGCAUGUUCAAUCGGUUCUACGCAUUGUCUGCAGUGGCAGUGUGUUCGAUUCUACUAUCAGCGUGGUUUUUGACGUCACGGCGCUUCCCCGAUAUCCUCCCUCUAGCCACAGGCCAGUUCCAAGUAGCCAACACAUUUGAUCAGCGAUUAGUAGUUUUUGGAGAUUCGUGGAGCGACAAUGCAAGCGAAGAGUCGCAGGGGAAGUUCUCCUGCCAUGAAGAAAACCUAGCACAGACCGCAAACCCCCUUCUCAGAGGCAAGAACGUCGGUGCCGUCGUCGAUAACGAAGAAUUGGAUUUUCUAGGCCGGCUGUCACAGACACACCUUGCAGACUUCAAGUCCCAGCUCGAGCAAUGGCUAGCGGCCGAGUUAGGGCUGGGACUCUCCGAGGAAGCAGUACGCUCCCGACAGAAUCACACCAUUUUCGUGGUCUCGUUCGGUGUGUGGGACCUCUGGAGUUUGAUUGGCAAAGAUUACGACGCAGCAAGCAAGUCGGUCGAGCGUCGCAUUGCGACAAUUAUGGAGCAGCUGGAUGAGCUCUCCUCGCGCUGGGGCACGUCGGAGUUGAAGGUUAUAUUGACGCAGACGGUCGACGUGACCUUCCUACCCGGGUUUGAGUCCGUGGGCGACCAAUACAAGGAAACGGUGCGCAUUUUGGGGCUGUGGAAUAAACAGAUCCGCGAUGCGGCGAAGGAAUGGACACAUGGAACUAUCUAUCUAUUUGACACGAACGCUUUUCUGAUGGAUUGCAUUCGCGAUUAUCAACUCUUUGCAGCUGGCAUCGAGGAGGAGAAUGGGCUUGGAAUGAAUUUGGAUCCCGGGUGGAUGAAUGUCGUGGAGCCUUGCGUUGAGAGUGGAUAUCGGGUCAUGAUGUCAAAGGAGAAGAAACAGUGUGAGCAGCCUGAGAAAUAUCUGUUCUGGUAA